UGCACCUCCUUUCCCUCCGCUCCGCUUUCAUUUGGGAGAAUGUGGUGCCAUUUGAACAAACCGUUCUCUAUGCAACAGUUUGUUGGCAUUUUUUCUUUGCUCACAUCUCAAACAGCCGCACUGGAUUGUGAGACGAUGAAAAAAACAAAUGAAUUCCCUUCUCCGAAAGUGUAUUCAGAAACAGAUGUGAUCAUGAAGGGUCAGAACGUUUCUCUAUUUUGUUCCAACCGGAACAAAUCACUACAGAUCACCUAUGUUAUGUUUCGGGGUAUGAAACACCUGGGAACCUGGGAUGGAAAAGGUGAACCCAUGAUUUUUAACCUAAGGAUCUCAGAAGCCGGUGAUUUGGGCCCCUACAAAUGCAAAACCCAGGUUUCUAACUGUUCAAGAUAUAGUCAAGAGUUCAGCUUCACGUUUGCCAACCCAGUGACCACACCAGUGCUGAACAUUAGUGCCUUUCAAACAGAAACAGCCCGAUACAUAACACUCCGCUGCAUCUCAUACAAUGGCUCUCUGCCCAUCAAUUACACUUUCUUUGAAAAAGACAUCGCCAUAUCACCUGCUAUUUCCAAGAAUGUAAGGGAACCUGCUGAAUUUAACUUAACAGAGAGGAUCACCGGAGAAAGGGAAGAAUAUAGGUGUGAAGCCAAAAACAGAUUGCCCAACCAUGCAAAAUACAGUCAACCCUUCACCAUGCCCUCAACAGGCUGCGCAGUGACCAGCGAAUGCUGUCUUCUUCCAGGCAGAGACAGCUGUCCUUUCUGCCUGCAGCUACUGCUUCCGGGGUUAUUACUGCUGCUGAUAGUAAUAAUCCUAAUGCUGGCAUUUUGGAUACUACCAAAGUACAAAGCAAGAAAAGCUAUGAGAGAUAAUGCACCCAGAAACUAUGGAAAUAAACCCAUGGAAGUUGGAAUAUAUGCAAAUAUCUGUCAAAACCAAGCAGAUGACAAAUCUGUGCCAGGCUUGGAACCAAGGCAGUGUGUUUCCACAGCCCAAGAUGGGACUGGACACUCCCAGGAGAUACAUUAUACCACCCCCGUGUUCCAGGAGGUGGCACAAGGAGAUCAUGAAGCCCAUAAUGAUUGUAAAACUGGAUAUGUCUAUUCUGAACUCGUCUUGUGAAAUUUAAAGAUACAAACUACAUCUCGGGACUGUCUUCCAAUCUGAGCCCAGAGAACUACUGCUGCUGCUGUGACCGCCGUUGCCCCUGCCGCAACUGCUCACACCCGGAAACUGGAGCCCAGACAGUGGGAUGUGGAGCUUUGCCACUGCAGACAUUGCUUCUCAGCAAAAACCUCCUCCUCCCUCUACCUUCCAGAUCCUGUACAUGUGCAUCUGAUUCGUGGAAGAUACUCACAGCCAUGGCAGCAAGGGAACUGCAAGUUUUUAGGUUUCUGAUUCCACCAAAUAGGAGGAGGGUUAUGACGUGGCUUAAGAGAGCCAAUCAAAAUAUCUACCACACUUGGCAAAAUCUCAGUCAAGACUCAGAGUGAAAUAAAGGUAUUAAGACAAA